UUUGGCUGACGCUGACACAGAUAGUUUCUCCGCCCACUGCUCAGUGAUAUGAUAAUAUUUAUAUCUGCUGCUACCAAAAGAGCAUUUUUUUCACAAACCCAGCCCUCUUCUGACAAGAUGUUAGGCUUUGGCACACGUCGGGGAGGACAGAAUGCGGACAGAUGGGGAUAUCAAAACAACAACAACACUGUGAUGAAUAGAUUAUAAUUGUGACUUUAGCAGUGAGCGGAGCGAUUGUCCAACUAAUCAGAAAUGGGAUUUCUUCAUCAGCUGCACCUUCUCCUGUGGAAGAACGUGACUUUAAAACGAAGAGGACCGUGGGUACUUGCAUUUGAGAUCUUCAUCCCCCUGGUGCUCUUCUUCAUUCUUUUGGGCUUGCGACAGAAGAAGCCGGCCAUUCCUGUGAAAGAAGUGUCCUUCUACAGCGCAGCCCCUCUCACCUCAGCAGGCAUCAUUCCCAUCAUGCAGUCUCUGUGUCCGGAUGGUCAGCGGGAUGAGUUUGGCUUCCUCCAGUAUAAAAACUCCACUGUGACUCAGUUGUUGGAAAGGAUCAGUGAGGUUGUGGAGCAGAAUCACUUGUUUACGUCAGACCGACCCGGUCUGGGGGAGGAGCUGGAGUCACUGCAGCAGCACCUCGAAAGUCUGAGCUCUGCACAAGGCCCAGGAGAGAGCCACUACAACACCAACCAUAGUUGCACUGUGGGAAGUGUGCUGAGGAACCAGUCCUCGUUCCAGCUUUUCCUAAUCAGAAACCUUUCCCUGCCGAGUGACACCGCCAGCAUGCUGCUUUCCGCCCCCAUUAAUCUGAAAGAGGUGUAUAACCUCAUCUUUGGGACGUAUCCUAAAGUGGGAUCAAGGGGAGGAGGAAAAGAUGAAGGACAGCAUGAACCUCACAGUCCUGGAGAAAAGCUUGUACAGCUCGAGAAGCAGUUGCUCGGAGGCUGGCACAGUCUAGAGGGGGGUUUGAUCCAGAAGGUGUUAAGAGACCCUACUAAAGCAGCUCACUGCCAGGCUCUGCUUAAAAUCCUGUCACAGGGGCUGGGAAUCUCUAGGGAUGGAGGAGGACAAAAGUUUGAUCCUCAAGCACUGCGUGAGAUGGAGGGAGUUCUGUUGACUGGUGCAGUGCUUGAAAUGCUCACUUGUGGAGACGGAGGGAACAGUGAGCUGAGCAAAAUCUUAUUGGUCCCUGAGAAACAACAGGCAGUUUUGCAGGCCUACCAAGCAACUGUUUGCGGUGGUGGUGCGCGACAGAGGGCGGAGAUGUUUGAGCAGAUGAGUGAAGAGAUGAGAGAGCAAAUUGAUACACAGAGAAUCUUCGAUCAGUUGAGUCUUGAGCAGGCUAACAUGUCUCAGUCCCACCUGGGAGCUCUGCUGAAGAACCUGGCUGAUGUGGAGAGGCUGCUAAGGGAUGUGGAUCUUCUGUCUGGCCUGGCAAGACUGCUCCCUAAAGGGGCCUGUGCAGGCCACCAGCCCCCCUCUGUAACCAACACCACCUCCUGGAGCUCCAACACUACAACAUUGGGUCCCAACAUAACAGACAUUCCUACUGAGGAAGGAGAGGGAUCCGCAGAAAAUGAGGCUGAAAAUCCAAGAUCACAAUUUUCUGCUUUUGUUCAGUUGUGGGCAGGGCUUCAGCCCAUUCUAUGCGGGAACAACAGGAUUAUUGAGCCAGAAGCUCUGAAACAAGGCAAUAUGAGUUCCCUAGGUUUUACCAGCAAAGAACAACGAAACUUGGGCUUACUGGUCCAUCUCAUGACAACAAAUCCCAAAAUCCUCUACUCUCCCAUUGGCUCAGAGGUGGACAAGGUCAUACAAAAGGCCAAUGAGACAUUUGCGUUUGUGGGGAAUGUAACUCACUAUGCACGUGUGUGGCUCAACAUCUCUGCUGAACUGAGGGCUUUCUUAGAGGAGGGUAAAUUGCACAAUCACCUGAUGUGGCUUCAACAGUUCAUUGCUGACCUGAAGAUGCACCAUGAACUUCUGAACGGAUCAGACAGUGAGCUGUUGAACAGUCUGCUGGAGGAAAACUUCACCCUGCCAAACACAACCACACUCCUGGAGCAGCUCCACACCAUCGAUAAUGCUGCCUGUGGCUGGACAAACUUCAUGUCAAAGGUCAGUGUGGAUAUCUUCAGAGGCUUCCCUGAUGAAGAUAGCAUCGUCAACUACACCCUGAGCCAGGCCUAUCAGGACAAUGUCUCAGUCUUUGCAAGUGUGAUAUUCCACACCAAUAAAGAUGGCUCUCUGCCACCCCACGUUAUGUAUAAGAUUCGACAGAACUCCAGCUUCACAGAGAAAACCAAUGAAAUCCGCCGAGCUUAUUGGCGCCCUGGGCCGAACACAGGCGGCAAAUUCUACUUCCUUUAUGGCUUUGUGUGGAUCCAAGACAUGAUCGAGAGGGCAAUCAUUAACACAUUUGUUGGCCAUGAUGUUGUGGAGCCUGGAAACUAUGUGCAGAUGUUUCCCUAUCCAUGUUACACUAGAGACGAUUUCCUGUUUGUGAUCGAGCACAUGAUGCCUCUGUGUAUGGUCAUAUCCUGGGUCUACUCUGUGGCCAUGAUGAUUCAGCAUAUUGUAGCAGAAAAGGAGCACCGUCUGAAAGAGGUGAUGAAGAUGAUGGGCUUGAAUAAUGCAGUACACUGGGUAGCCUGGUUUAUCACAGGCUUCGUGCAGCUUUCAAUCUCAGUUACUGCUCUUUCUGCCAUACUGAAAUACGGCAAAGUCCUCCUCCACAGCGAUCCCUUUAUCAUUUGGCUCUUCCUUACAAUCUAUGCCAUCGCCACCAUCAUGUUCUGUUUCCUGGUUUCAGUGCUCUACUCUAAAGCCAAGCUGGCCUCUGCAUGUGGAGGAAUCAUCUACUUUCUGAGCUAUGUGCCCUACAUGUAUGUGGCCAUAAGAGAAGAGGUGGCCCAUGACAAGAUCACUGCCUUUGAGAAGUGCAUAGCGUCUUUAAUGUCUACCACAGCAUUUGGUCUGGGGUCUAAGUAUUUUGCCUUGUAUGAAGUGGCUGGAGUGGGCAUCCAGUGGCGUACUAUUAACCAGUCACCUGUAGAAGGCGAUGAUUUUAACCUCCUGCUGUCCAUAAUCAUGCUCAUCAUUGAUGCCAUUGUAUAUGGUGUGUUGACCUGGUACAUAGAGGCUGUGCAUCCAGGGAUGUACGGACUACCCCGCCCAUGGUACUUUCCCUUGCAGAAAUCCUAUUGGCUUGGUAGUGGACGCAUUGAGACAUGGGAUUGGCCAUGGAGUGGUGGUACUAGACUGAGUGUAAUGGAAGAGGACCAGGCUUGUGCUAUGGAACACAGACACUCAGAUGAAACUCGUGGAAUUGAAGAAGAGCCCAGUCACUUGCCGCUGGUGGUGUGCAUAGACAAACUCACCAAAGUCUACAAGACUGGCAGCAAAUUGGCCCUGAACAAGCUGAGCCUAAACCUGCAUGAGAAUCAGGUUGUCUCCUUUUUGGGACACAAUGGGGCUGGCAAGACCACCACUAUGUCUAUUCUCACAGGACUGUUUCCGCCCACCUCUGGUUCUGCGACAAUAUAUGGUCACGACAUACGCACAGAGAUGGAGCGCAUCAGGCAGAAUCUGGGCAUGUGCCCCCAGCACAAUGUCCUGUUUGACAAACUGAGUGUAGAGGAGCACCUUUGGUUCUACUCACGUCUGAAGGGGAUGGCCGAGGAAGACAUCCGAAAGGAGAUGGACAAGAUGAUAGAAGAUUUAGAGUUGUCCAAUAAGCGCCACAGUCUGGUUCAGACUCUGUCUGGAGGAAUGAAGAGGAAGCUGUCAGUGGCUAUUGCGUUUGUGGGUGGAUCUCGGGCUGUGAUUUUGGAUGAACCCACAGCAGGAGUGGACCCGUAUGCCCGACGAGCCAUCUGGGACCUCAUCCUUAAAUAUAAACAAGGCCGCACUAUCCUACUCUCAACUCAUCACAUGGACGAGGCUGAUCUGCUGGGAGACCGUAUUGCCAUCAUCUCUCAUGGGAAGCUUAAGUGCUGUGGUUCCCCACUGUUCCUUAAAAGCACAUAUGGAGAUGGCUACAAACUCACCCUUGUCAAGAAACAGAGUGAUUCAUACACUGCAGAUCAGUCAAGCCAGUCUCAAUCCUCUUCGAUAUCUCCAUGUUCAGAGAGCACAGUCACACAGUUCAUCCGUCAGUUUGUGGCCUCCUGUCUGCUGGUGUCUGACUCCAACACUGAGCUCUCUUACAUCCUGCCUUCAGAGGCUGUAAAGAAAGGCUGUUUCGAGAGGCUGUUUCAGGCUCUGGAGCAGAGUUUGGAUAGCAUGGCAUUAACCAGCUUUGGUGUGAUGGACACCACACUGGAGGAGGUCUUUCUGAAAGUAUCAGAAGAGGAUCUAUCACUGGAAAACAGCGAUGCAGAUAUGAAGGACUCUCCUGGAGGAGUGUCUGGAGGGAAGCCCUCUAAUCUCGUUGAAGGACCACAGUGUGAAGGGGUCCCAGCUGGUGCUGUGAUUCGGCCAGAAGUGGAGCUCAGUAACCUGAUGAUGUCCUCCAGGAUGAGUCCAAGCCAGGCCUCCCUACAGUCUGGCUCCUCCCUGGGCUCCGUGAGAGGAGAUGAAGGGGGCCUCUACACUGACUUCUAUGGAGACUACUGCCCACUGUUUGACAAUGGUCAGGACCCUGACUCAGCCAGUCUCAGAGAUGAAGAGUCAUCUCCUGAAAUGGCCAUACUGGAGGGUCAGGGCAGCUUUAAACUCGAGGGCUGGUGGCUUAAACUUCGCCAGUUUCACGGGCUGAUAGUGAAAAGGUUUCACUGCGCUAAGAGGAACACCAAGGGAAUUUUCUCCCAGAUUAUGCUGCCUGCCUUCUUUGUCUGUGUGGCUAUGACUGUAGCUCUGUCUGUUCCUGAGAUUGGUGACCUUCCUCCCCUCAUUCUGUCUCCAUCUCAGUAUCACAACUACACACAACCUCGUGGGAACUUCAUCCCUUAUGCCAAUGAAGACAGACUUCAGUACAGGAGUAAAGUGUCUCCAGAUGCCAGCCCAAAGAAGAUUGUUAACACCCUUCGUCUGCCAUCUGGAGUGGGUGCGACUUGUGUACUGAAAACUCCCUUUAACAGCACUCUGGACCAACUAGCUCAAACCUUAAACCCUUAUGCCAACAACUCCAAAACUCUGGCAGCCCGUUACUUUGACUCUAUGUGCCUGGAUUCUUUCACACAGGGUGUGCCUUUAUCGAAUUUUGUGCCCCCGCCACCCUCUCCUGCCCCCUCAGAUGACCCAGAGGCGCAUUUUGAAGAUGGCCUUUGGAACUUCACUGCCGCUCCCCCCACUACUGUCCGAGAAAUGGCAACAUCUCCCCCUACACUGCCUCUGACUAUCCGGGAGCCAGUACGCUGCAUCUGCUCUAUGCAGGGCACAGGAUUCUCCUGCCCCAGUGGAGUCGGGGGCCGACCGCCCCUUAUGAAGGUAGUAACUGGAGACAUCUUGGUGGACAUCACAGGCCGCAAUGUGUCAGAAUAUCUGCUCUACACCUCUGAUCGCCUCAGACUACACAGGUAUGGAGGCUUCACUGUAGGCAACAUUCAGAAAUCCGUUCCAGCAUCCUUCGGGAGAAAGACGCCACCUAUGGUGCGCAAAAUAGCAGUGAGACGAUCCUCACAGGUGCUUUACAACAACAAAGGAUAUCACAGCAUGCCCACUUACCUGAAUGUGCUCAACAAUGCCAUCCUCAGAGCCAGUCUGCCCAGAAGUAAAGGAAACCCUGCUGCAUACGGCAUCACAGUGACCAAUCACCCCAUGAACAGGACCAGUGCCAGUCUUUCUUUGGAUUAUCUGCUCCAGGGCACUGAUGUGGUUAUUGCCAUCUUCAUCAUCGUGGCCAUGUCCUUUGUGCCAGCUAGCUUCGUGGUCUUCCUGGUGGCAGAAAAAUCCACUAAGGCCAAGCACCUGCAGUUCGUCAGUGGAUGUGACCCUGUCAUUUACUGGCUGGCAAACUACAUUUGGGACAUGCUGAACUACCUGGUUCCAGCCACAUGCUGUGUCCUUAUUCUGUUUGUGUUCGACCUUCCUGCAUACACGUCGCCUACCAAUUUCCCUGCAGUUCUCUCUCUUUUCCUUCUUUAUGGAUGGUCUAUAACCCCCAUCAUGUAUCCAGCCUCUUUCUGGUUUGAGGUGCCCAGCACGGCGUAUGUUUUCCUCAUAGUCAUCAAUCUCUUUAUUGGCAUCACAGCCACGGUGGCCACAUUCCUCCUACAGCUGUUUGAGCGUGACAAGGAUCUGAAGUUGGUGAACAGCUAUCUGAAAUCUUGUUUCCUUAUCUUUCCCAACUAUAACCUGGGUCAUGGAUUGAUGGAGAUGGCCUAUAAUGAGUAUAUUAAUGAGUAUUACGCCAAGAUAGGCCAGUUUGAUAAGGUGAAAUCUCCAUUUGAAUGGGACAUUGUGACACGAGGACUUGUGGCAAUGACCAUCGAGGGAUUUGUUGGCUUUCUCAUCACAAUUCUGUGCCAGUACAAUUUCCUCAGGAAAGCUCAGAGAGUGGCUGUCAACAGUCAGCCAGUUGAAGACGAUGAUGUCGACGUGGCCUGUGAGAGACGCAGAGUGCUAAGAGGAGAUGCUGACAAUGACAUGCUGAAGAUUGACAACCUCACCAAGGUGUACAAGUCUCGCAAGAUGGGGCGGAUCCUGGCAGUGGACCGCUUGUGUCUGGGGGUCCGUCCUGGGGAAUGCUUCGGGCUGCUGGGGGUGAAUGGUGCAGGGAAGACCACCACCUUUAAAAUGCUGACAGGAGAUGAGAGCACAACAGGGGGAGAGGCCUUUAUCCAAGGACAAAGUAUCUUGCGGGAGCUUCUUCAUGUGCAGCAGAGCAUCGGUUACUGUCCUCAGUUUGAUGCUCUGUUUGAUGACCUGACUGCUCGAGAACACCUGGAGCUGUACACACGCCUCCGCGGCAUACCCUGGAAAGAUGAGGAACGGGUGGUUCAGUGGGCUCUGGAGAAGUUGGAGUUGUCCAAGGAUGCUGAUAAACCUGCUGGCACUUACAGUGGAGGAAACAAGCGCAAACUCUCCACAGCCAUUGCUCUGAUUGGAUACCCCUCUCUCAUUUUUCUGGAUGAGCCUACCACAGGUAUGGACCCAAAGGCUCGCCGUUUCUUAUGGAACCUGAUUCUUGACAUCAUCAGGACAGGGCGCUCAGUGGUGUUGACAUCACACAGUAUGGAGGAGUGUGAGGCAUUGUGCACUAGACUAGGUAUCAUGGUUAACGGCAGGUUCAAGUGCCUGGGGAGCAUCCAGCAUCUCAAAAACAGAUUUGGGGAUGGAUACAUGAUCACAGUACGCACUAAGACCACUGGUAUUGUCAAGGAAGUGAUCCGGUUUUUCAACAGAAAUUUUCCAGAGGCCAUACUAAAGGAGCGGCAUCACACAAAGAUUCAAUACCAGCUGAAGUCGGAGAACAUCUCUUUGGCUCAAGUCUUCAGCAAAAUGGAGCAGGUGGUGGAGGUGCUGAGCAUCGAAGAUUAUUCUGUCAGCCAGACAACACUGGACAAUGUUUUUGUUAACUUUGCAAAAAAGCAGAGUGAUAACCUAGAACAGCAACAGAGUUCCCCCUCUAGUGGCGGCCAAUCGCCACUACAGCGACUGCUCAGUAUCCUCAGGCCUCGUCCAGCUAACACAGAACUCAGCGCCCUCGUCAGUGAAGAACCAGAGGAACUGGAGACUGAUGAUGACGAAGGACUCAUCAGCUUUGAGGAAGAGAGGGUGCAGUUGUCUUUUAAUACAGAUACUCUGUGCUGAAAUUGCUGUUAAGAGACACAGAGUUUCAGAGAGAUGUUCAAAACAAGCCUCAAGUUCAGACCUGUGUCUGUUCGGUGAAAGACAUUUGUAUGCUGUUCUUUUCCCUCUCUCUCGCUCUCUCUCUCUCUCUCUCUCUAUCUCUCUCUCACUUGGAGAGGAUCCAUCUCCCUUGGCCUGUGAGUGGGUUGCUCUUUUCCAUUUGCACUUUAAUAGAGGAGUGAGAGCACAGCUCUUCUGGGAACUCCAAACAGAGAUGUGGACACAGUCAGUGCCUGAACACGAUCAGGGCAGAGAGAGUGUUAUGUGGUACAAAAUGAUACUAAGAGCUUGUCUAUGGGAUUGCUUAUGGAAAACUUGCAUUAUGGAAAUGUUGGUUUAUAGAACUGGUAUCACUAUAAAACUGAAUAUGGUGGUACGAUCAUUAAAUUGAUCAAAUGUUGAAGGUCUUUUAACUGUAGUGCUGAUGUCAUAACAUAAUAAUCCCUCCUGAUGUAAGACCAGUUUGAGUUUAGCCUUUGGAACGUGGACUUUUUAUGACUGUUUCUGCUCAUAUUCAGUUGAAACAGUUGUAACUGUACAUUUUCUUUUUACUUUGACCUAGUUUAUUUGUACCUGCAUUGAGAGCAUGCAAAAAGACAAGCCUGUUGUGUUGUGGGUUGAAUAAAUUUGACUAUGCUUAAAUGUUUUGAACAGAUUUAUUGUUAUUUUGAAUUGAAGAAUGCAAAUGUAUCUGUGCAGCUUCAUUGAAGUUUUUACAUUGGACGCUCUAAGGCCUUUUGGACCAAACCAGCCCUGCUAUGUAAUUGAU